CAGUUCACCAUCGCCGCCGCCGCCGCUGCUAUAUACGACCCCAUAAUGCGUAUAUGUGCGUUGCGCGUGUGUAUAUCGUACGUACCUAUUGUUUUAAGGGUCGCCCAAGUCGUCUAGGCGAGAUAUAAUAUUGUUAUACGUCCGUCAUAAACCGAAAUAUAUUUUACAAUAUUGUUAUACGCUUACGUCGUGCGGCUUCGAAAAGACUUUCGUCGUCUUGUGUGCGCCCAAAAUACACACCUACUUUGGCCAACAACCGCGGUCGUGCAACUCCUCCCGCGCGCGAUUUCGUGGCUGCGACGAUGACAACGACGGACCUCAUAGGUAUCUGCAGCUACCACAGAGGACUAUCGUCGUUGUGAAUUGUUAUUUUAACCAUAUAGGUACCUACCUAGUACACCUAUACUAUGGUAUAAUAAUAUAAUUACGGCAGGUACCUACAUCAUAUUAUCACCUGCAGUACGCGUGAGUGGUCGUCACGAGGUAUUCCUCCUAAACAAUUAAUAAUACUCACGCUGAGUAUUAUGUUCACGGUCCUGCGGCGGUAAUAAAUUGCAGUCGUCUUCGGCAGAGUUCGAGUGUUGACCGGUUUCCGAAUAAUUAGAUAACAUGCGGUUAGCAAUAAGUCUGUCAGCUGUGUUGAUAGCGUGCAUGGUGCGUGUGACGUAUAAUUUGGAAUGCGAACAAAAUCAAAAUGGACAGUCUAUGAGCUUCUUUAAGACGAAUGGUGAUCUUCUGUUGACUGGGUUCUUCGACGUCUACGACGAGAAAUGUUCGGGCCCCACGUCAACAGGUAUCCAUUCAAUGGAAAUGGUAGCCACCGUUGUACAAAUACUAAAUUCGAUUCAUUACAUCCCAGGCAUCACAUUGGGAUUAACUUUGUACGAAGUGUGUUCGUAUCGGAAUUCAGAUCUCCAAAAAGCGUUGAUAUCGUUCGUCGUCGACAAAGACUGCAAUAACUCGACAAUACCGAUUGCAAUAUACACUACUGAAGACAUACGAGCCAAAAUCAGUCCGUCGAUUGGUCUGGACAUACCCAUCGUGACGGCAGGACCUAUUAUUGACGUGGAUAUCCAUGCCGAAGCGGCCGUCAAGUUUUUAACCGUCAACAAUAUUAGCGUCGCGGACGUAUUAAUUGCGCAGGAUCUGGACGUCGCUCAGAGGUUCGAAAGUGUGGCCAAAGACAACGGACUGUGUUUGAACAGGACGGUCUUGGCUCAUAACUUUGGGAAUUUGAACGACUCCCUAGUAGUCAUCGUCAUGGCAAACAAGAAUGUCAUUAAAUCGGUUAUAGAAUCGUCAUCGACCGUCCGUGUGUCUCAUUUCAUUAUAAUACCACUGGACGGACCAUUACCGCCUAAACCAGACUUCGAGUUCGGGUCAUACGUGUUUCAAGCGUACGGCAGCUGCCCGUUCGUCAACAACAACAGUAACACCAACAACACCAACAGCGGUGACGUCACUGCGGCCCCGGAACAACUGCAGGCGGUGUCCGCGCAGUUCGUGCAGACGGCCGUGGACGUGUUGCGCGCGGUGGACGCGUACACCGGGAACGUGGACGACGGCGGCGUGGAUGACGAGUGCGGCCGGAACUCGUCCGCGGGACAGUGCGACCCGGCGGCGGAAAACCAGACGGCCGCGGGUAGUUACGGCGUCGAGACGGUGGGUCGAGUGCUGGACAGGCUGCUGUUGCUGGACGGUAGCGGCGGCGAGUAUAACGUUACGUUGGUGCACGUGACCGAAUACGGCGGUGGCGGCCAGACGGUCGGUGGUUACGCACAGGACUCGAACGGCACGCGCCGGUUGUGGUUGCAGAAGGAUGACAGCGGCGGCGGUGGUCAGCAACCACGGUACUUGGGCAAGUGCGAGGCGGACGGAUCGUGUCCGACGUGCCGGGCGCGGCCCACGCCGACGGCCACGCCCGCCGCUCCGUCGUACGGAUUGCUUUCGGUGACGUGGAAGGAGGACGUGUGGAUAGCGUCCACGCUGACCGUGUCGGCGGUGGGCGCCAUAUGCGCCGCGUGCAUAGCUGCGUUUGUGCUGGUGCGCGUGUGCAAGAAGGACGUGAUGGAGGGCAAUCCGACGUUCUCGUUCGUGCUGGUGGCCGGCACGCUGCUCAUGUACGCCAGCGCCGUGCCGUUCGCGGUGCACGACAGCGCCGCUGGUUGGCCGCGGCAAACCGUGUGCUACGCCAAGCUGUUCGGCGCGUCGGGCAGCUGCGCGUUCGUCUUUUCCGCCAUGCUGGCCCGGAGCCUGAUGAUCGCCGCGUGCGACUGCGACUCGAGUUUCAUGAGCCAUGUCAACGGCUACCUGCAGACGUCCCUGUUCGCGUUCACCGUGGGCGUGCAGCUUGCGCUCAUGCUUCAGUUCGUGGCCAUACACGCCGCCGUCGUGCCAUCGUCCGACCUGUGCCGGGUGUUCGUCGACGGUCCCCUGUUCCUGGGCACCAUGUCUUACGACGCGCUGCUGCUGGUGCUCCUGUGCGUCACGUCCCCGUUCGUGUUCCGGUCAAAGCGCAACUACCGGGAGGGCGCGUGCUUCGCCAUCGCCACUUACCUGGUGUUCGCCGUCUGGCUAUGCUGGACCACGGCGUACGUCGUCCUGCCCAGGCAGUGGUCCGACAUGUGCGUAAUGGUUGGCCUGACGGCCACCGCGACCGUGAUCGUGGUCACCGUGUUCAUACCGCGCACGUACAUGAUGAUGUUCGGUAUCGUCCGCGAACAGAUUACCAGCUCACUGCCGUCGCUCGGUUAUGGUCACGGCGGCGGCGGCGGCUGCGGCGGCGCCAGCGUCACGGACGUCAACUACAGGUCCACGCAGGCCUUGUACGAUUCGGUCCAUGUGGCCGCUCCCAAGUGCCAGUCGUCCAGUUUCAAAGGCCAGUCCAACCCCAACUACUACUCGCCGGCGGGGUCGCAUAUACAUUCGAUCCCCAGGAGCCGGCCACUGACUCCGGUCGACGAGUACGACUCACCCCCAUCGAUCGACAACAGGAUAACCAGAUUCUAAUAUCCAGUUGCAGCUGCACCCCUCGUCAGCUGGUUGUCCGGUGACGACGUCUGUCCGAUUUCCACUAUAAAUAUUAUUGAUCCCGAUAUUGGUCUAAAAACAUUACACCGCCACCCACCGACCACGACGAUAAGCGAUAAUAUUACCUACAUAUUAAUAAUUUAUUAUUUUGUCGUAUCCCCUUGUUCGUUUUUUAGUUUUUUAUUUUCUAACCGUAUCGAUCAUAUUAUUAUUAUACCCUAGGUAUUAGUAUAACUAUACUAUUACCAAUAUAAUAUAAGGGGUGGAGCCCGGAAUUUUAAAUUAAUUAUGCACUCAAUACAUUUAGUUCACUCAAGUCGUCUAGUACUUGUAUGUAUCUUAGUUUAUGUUUAUUACUUAUUGUAUUAAUUGGAUACAGAUUGUAAAUAUUCUCAGUAACCUAUAUAAAAAUAUGAAGAAAAACAAUGAACCGACUAAACGCAUUACAAAACGUCGAAAUAAUUAAUUAGAACUAUAUAAUUCUAAGUCAAGUGUAAAAGAUUAUGCAUUUACAUAUACAAAUCCGGGACCUACUGGCUACUAUAAGUACUAUAGCGUAACAUUAUUAAUUUGUCAAGAUGUUUUCUGCUUUUAAAAUGUACACCAUAUAAUUAUUAUAGUUUAUAAGUACCUACCUACUAAUUAGAUAAUUGUCUCACUGACUUUGUAUAGUUACUAUAGUUCCCUACCCUAGUCCUCAUUUUAAUAUGACUCCUGCCAGAUAAUCAAUGACGCGUUGUAUAGUUCGUAUGCAUACCUAAUAUGUGCGGUUGAUUGGCCGGUUAAUACAGACAAUUUGUAAUUAUUUAAAAAUUGUUAGGUACUAUUAAUGUUAUUUUUUCUCAAUAUUAUCAGACUAUUAAAAAAACAAUUACUAAAUAUUGAUAUUCUGAGUAGUGAGUACCAAAUGACCCGAUAAAUAGAAUAGUGUUGGUCUUUAAUAUACCUAACUGUACAUAAUAUAAUACAUUAAUAUAUUUUUGUCGAUUCGUUUUAAUCGAAAUAGAAUAAAUCAAUCUAGAAAAUAUUUUUUAUUUUUGUAACUCUUGCACGACAUAUUUUUACCAACCCUGUGUCCACUCCGGUCAGGGUAAAUCGAUCGCCAUACACUUUCUCGGACUGUUUAAAUCCAAAAUAAUUAUCGGAAUGCUAAGAAAAUCUACUCCUAAUAAUUAUUUAGGACAAAUCAGCUACAUAUACAUUUUACUUAUAUAUUUUGUUACAAUAUAAUAUGACGAGGAGAACAUUUCCUUAAUCCUUUUAUAGUGGUAGAUGCCGCGUAUUAUAGCCAGUAUCAUAUUACAUGGUAUAAAUAAUAGAGAACCUAUAUAAAUAUUAAAAUUAGACAAUUUAUUUACCUAUGUAAAAUCGUCGAUGAUAGUCAAUUGACUAUCUCUAGAUAAUGUUUAUAGAUAAUAUAACAUUUUUAUCUAUUAUAUAAUAUUAUGUUUGUUUUCAUAAAUCGUCUCUGUAGUCUCUGUUUUUGACAUUUUAUCUAUCAAAGUGAUCCUCGAAAGUAAUUAAAUAAAUACAUUUUAGAGAGUUAAGUUAAUUUAUUUAUAAAUGAGAUAUAGGACUAACCUUUAGGUAUACGGUGACAGGAACUAAAUUGGACGAGAAAAUUGAUGACAUUUUGUCCGGUAAGGUAUUCUGGGAGGACAAUAAGGAACUCAGGUUUCACUGUGUUGUGUUGAAAGUAAAAGACAAUUAAAUGAGGUAUGCCAAAGGUUACCGAUUAUCUCGUUAGUCGUUUGUGAAUAGGGUAUAGAAAAGAGAGUCAUUAGGGGGACAGGAAGGGGAGAUAGUAUAUAUAAAUGGAUUUAAAAAAAUGAAUACCUAGCUUAUUCGAGUGCGCGGAAUAUCAUUUACUGAGUUUUCUGAGAGAUUCAAAUCUAAAAAAAUACGAUAUAAAAAUAAUACAUAUUUUUUAUUUCAGAUAAGGUUCUUAAUUAAUGUCUCGAAAUAUACACCAACAAAAUUAAUGCAAUAUCGCUACACGAUCUGCACCUGCAGGUGUCCAGGUAAUGACUUUUUAAAGUAUAUUAUUAUACUUUUCUUUACAAUACCUAUUCAAUAUAAUAUUUUGCAAUAGGUGCUUAAAGAAAUGAGAACGUCAUGAUUUGACUCAUUUCGAAUGAUUUGAUCAUGUGUGACUAACAUUUAAAAGUUAAAAAUAACUAUCGAUCUCAUGUUGGAUACUAAUAUUUUAUGUUUUCCGAUUAAGGUCAUAGGUGUUAAAACAAAAUAUAAAUGAAAUACACAUUGGGAAGGUUUAAAGAUUAUAAAUUAAUUUUAAUAUUGACAUAGUUAAAUAAUAAUAGUAUACCCAUUGUAUGGGGUUUAAACUUUUUGCAACAAAUUAAAACACAGUACUUUAUAUAUUUUGGUUAAUCUGUAUAACUACCUAACGGUUUAAAAGUUGUUUUACAUAAUAUACAAAAAUAUACAUGUUAUUUAAUAAGAAGCUAUUAGGUAAUUUACAUUUAUGUUCAUUAGAUUUUACUUCUAAACUUCUAACGCAUAAUAUGAAAUUAUUACAAUACUUAAUCCAAAAAAUAAAUUUUAAACUUGUAAUGCAAUGGCUUUUUCUAGAUACUCUUUUCGUAUCAAAUGGGACAAGAUAACUUCUACAGUUUUCACCAAAAUGAUUUCUUUCGUUGAAAGUUUUAACCUUAUUUUUAUCGUUGUGUUAUACCUAUCUCAGAACAUUUGCUUACCUAUAUGACUUAGUAAUGUAAACGUAAUACUAAAAUAAUCAAUAGUGGAAAUAUUAUAGAACUAUAAAAUAAUACUUGUUAUUCUUUAUGUAUAUUACUAAUAAGUAAUAACUAACAAUUUCAAUUAUUUUCAUCAAUUUCGUCGAGUCUUGUAUAAGCGAUGGGUUUGUUAAAGAAUGACACAACACUUGUGGAUUUGUAAUCGGGAAUAUAUGUAUCAUUGUUAAUCUGAAAAAAUAAAUAAAAAAUGAUUAGUGCAUAAUGUUUGAGUACUGCCGUCCAUCAAAGAUACCCAUUUGUUCGUACCUUCUCUGAUUUUUCGUUCGAAACUUUACUUAAAAACACUAACAGGCCGCAAUAAGAUAUGUUUAUGAUUCCUACAGUUCUCAUCAACCACGGGAAUCCAACACUUUUCACGACUUGACCACCGAAAAUAGGACCUUAAAUCAUAAAUUACGGUAGGUAUACAUGCUCAAGCAAAUAUGUAUAAGGCAAGUACCUACACGUUUAAAAUAAUAUAUAGAUAUAGGUACACAAUACAAUAUUAUGAUAUUUUCUAUUAUACGUAGUACGACCAUAAUAACACAAUUUUAAAAAGGAAUAUAUGGAAGUCAUUACGCAAUACGCUAUUUAAACCAAUUAAGUCUUAUACUUAUGAAAAAAAAAAUUUAUCUCAUCACGAAAACUGUACCUACAACACUUACCUACGGAAUAUGCUAGACUGACGGCCGUUUGUUGAAGUGCGUAUACCGAUCCGUAAUGUACGUUUGGAUGUCUGGUGUCCACCAGAUUUGCCAGCAUGGGAACCAGAGCAGAGUCUACUAUCCCUAUACCCAGGCCCAGACCAAAAUGUGGGCAGACAAGCCCUAAGGUCGUCGUGGCAGCCGGAAUCUUUUAAAACAUCAUGAUACAAAUAUUAAAUUUAAUGCGGUAUCAGCUAUUAUUACCUAGGCACCCGUUUCACUAACACGCUGCUUGCUGGUGUAAUAAAUUGUAAACCAUCGAAUUAAUUAUGACGGACAACUCACCAUAAUCGCGGAUAUGCCGACUAGCAGAGUUGCUAAUACAGCCAUUCUCCAUUGUCCCAUUGUGUACGACAAUGUGCCAAAGAAAUUCGUGCCAAUCAAAUAGCCAAGACUAUCUGGAAUGAAAACCGUACCCAACUGCCAUUUCUGAAAUAAUGACAACGUUAUAAUGGUAUCUAAGGUUUUCAUCAAGUUCAUUAAUUUACUUCAGGGUUUAUAAUUUGUAUGAGCCAAAUUGGUAAAAACGGUUCCAAAAUGGCCAUGGCAGAUGAUGUUAGACAAAUAGAAAAAAUGAUUAACAGGAUAUACCCAUCUUUUAAGAGAUCUUUCCAGUUGCCAUUGUUAAAGUGAGACUAUUGACAACAGAAAUGUUCAAAUAAAAACACAUUUACGCAGUAGGUUUUAACUAGGUAGGUACUUAUGAUAACUAAACGUUGGUAUACAAAAAAAUAGACAAAUUUUAAUUUAAGAUACGAGUAAAAAUACAACACAAUAAUGUGAUUAUCUGAUACUAAAAUCAAUGAAUAAGACAAUUAAAUUAUUUGUAUACACAAUAACUAAAUAAUUAAUUACCUGAUGUUUAUCAUUACUUGUUUGUUUUAAUUGCAAUAUCUCCUUGAAUGAAUUUACCUAGUUUAUAAGACAAAGGAAAAGUUAGAUACAUUGAUAAAAUAAAAAUUGUUUAUAAACAAAAUCAUGUCCAUAUUUGACUAUAUAUAUUAUAUUAGAUAAUCUUACCUUUAUAUUAAACUAUACAUAUAUUUUCAAUGUGGACCCAAAGAUUAACCAAAGUUGUCAAAUAAGAUAUUGAGAGAAAUAGUUAGAUACGUAAGUACAAUAAAUAUAAAAAUUAAUAUAGGUAUAAGACCUUGGAAUCGUAGUUAUCAAGAUAGCGAUUAACUAAGCUCUGAAGAGAAGAAGAUUGAUCAUUUGUUAUGUCUGUAUAAGAAAUUAAAUAGAAGAAGAGGACGUAGAAAAAGCUCAAGAAUUUGGCAAGGAAUAUAAAAUGUUAUUUUCAGAGGACACAAAGCCGGGGCACGGUUUAGGGGUUAAGCUAGAUGAUAAAUGAGGGAACAGGUAGUUGAGAUAAUGAGAAUAAAUGAAAGCGGAAUGUUUCUAUAGGUAAGUGAGAGAAAAAUAAUAUAUAAUUAGUUGUUUAAAAAAAAACCCCUUUCGGUUCAAAAAUAUAUUAAUUAAGUGUUAGAUAGAUAGAAAAAUAUAUCAUUAUAGAAUAACCAAUUUGUGUUUUUCAACAAGUAAAUUAGAAACAUAAUAUAAUUAUUGUUUAUAGUAAGUACGAAAAUGUGAUAGAUAAAAAUUUAAAUCUGAAAUUAACAUUUUUGUAACCAAACAUUUUAAUUUAAAUAGGUCAUCUAUACUACGAUAUACAUGAUAUUAUUUUUAAAUAAUGAAAUCAUUUUAUAGUUAAUGUAUCAAUGUAUUGUGUUCUUAUGUUUGCAUCAUAUUAUAUAAGCAUAGGUAUUGAAUAUCUUUGAAAUCAAAUACGUAUCUAAUUUAUGUAUAAUGUAUAAUAUAUUAUAUUUAUGAUAGAGUAUGAUAAUAUGGAGGUAUUAGAUACUAUUAUAUUUAUAUACAUAUUUAUAGAUUUUAC